AUGAUAGAACAACUUCCCAAUACUAUCAUAUUAAAUAUCAUUAAAUCAGUAGACAGCAAUGUAGAUUUAAUAUGUCUAUUGUCAACUUGUAAAAGGUUAUUCUAUAACAUCAUUCAACAAUACAAUGCUACACUACAAUUCAAACAUAUUCAAUACUUUCAAGAGGGUAGCUCACUCUUUAUACAAAAUGAACAAUUGGUCAAGUCAUUAAAGAGUUUUCGUCUACAAUCAUUUAAAAGUCUAUUCAACAAUGCUCUAUCCAAUCAAAUGGUAGUGUCUGAUGAUCAAGAUAGAUUACCAUCAUUUUGUCAUUUCAACUCUUCAUCCACUGCUGCUGCUGAUAGACUAUCACUAUUUAUAUCAACAAACAACUUGGAUGAUACUAUCAGAGCACCAUCAACAACAAGAUCUAUUGACAUCACCUGCCACUUAAACAGACCACUACCAUCAACUCUAUUUCAAGGUAUAGAGAAUCUUGAAAAGCUUCUCAUUUCAAGUGAAUACACAUCGACAGAGAGAAUAAUAUCUGACAAGUUGCCAGAGACUCUUAAAUGCUUUUCAAUCUAUUACAAGUAUCCAUCUUGUAUUGAAGGAGGAGCAGGAGGAGGAGGAGAAGACUCAUUUUUUCCAUUGGGAAUAGAGAAAAUCCAUCUCACUGGAAAUGAUGAUGUGACAACAUCACUCAACUCUCUUGGUCUCGAGAAACUUGGAUCACUCGACACACUGUCUGUUGGACCGGUUGUCAUCACGGAAUCUCCUCCCUUGUUCAUAUCCUCCCCAUCCCCUCCAUCCAUUUUACCAAGUUCAUUGACAUCACUUGAUCUUGGAAUCAAAGGUAAUAUCCCAUCCGACCUUUUCCAAUCACUCGUCUCCCUCGAAGAUUUAUCAAUCAACAUGCAUCAAAAUGGAGACGCCAUGUUGAACUUGGACCUCACACAUCUCCAUGCCUUGAAGAAUUUUUCAAUGUUUACAUCGUGCAGUGAAUUAUUCACCGAUGCUACUAUCAAGCUUCCUCUUUCAUCGUCGCUCAAAUCCAUCUUUAUCUCUGACUUUUACAAGUUGUCCAAUCUUUCAACUCUUUUUUUCCCAACAACCUUGGAAAAACUAGAUAUGUAUUUGGGGCCGACCGAUUAUGAGACGGUACAGUUACCAAAGUCUCUCACCCGAAUCGCCAUCUCACCUUGUCAAGUUCCAAUACCCGUUGGAUUUAUUCCAAGUGGAGUAAAAUCAUUAUCAAUUUCAUCGUACGAUUCAAGAGAGGUUGAAAUAUUACCAGGAUCUAUACCAUCGUCAGUAGAGACUCUAUCGCUUAUCGGAUAUGAUGGCCCAACGACAUCAGAGUAUUUCCCAGACUCUAUCAAACAUCUGACCUGGGAUAGACAGAGCACCACUCAAGCGCUCCCACCAGCAUUGGAGAAAUUACUUUGGGGAUAUGCCACCAGUAUUUCAGGGGAUCUCUCUUGUGCGUUGCCAUCAACCAUUCAACAAAUUGAAUACCAUGGUGUCGUCCAAUUCCCCCUACCUCCUUCUCUCACCAAACUAGAAUGUCAAUUUGAUCCAACUUGUCACAUUGACAAUUCAUACUAUUCAAUUUCAAAGCUCAACUACUGUCAAAAAAAACAACAAGAUGGUCCAUUAUUAUUAUUACCAUCAAAUCAAAGAAAACUAAAAAUCAAUAUGGAAGGUAUUGUACUUGAUGACAAAGAUAAUCCAAAUCAUAUUAGCAAGUUUAGUUUUAGAUUGGAUCAAGUGAUCAAUCAAACAAAUAUAGAAAAAUUAACAAUUAAUAUAUAUGGAAUGACAUGGUUUAAAGCAACAAUUAAAAGAUUAGAAAAAGAUAAUUCAAGAGUAUUGAUUGUUGAUAACAAAUCUUUAUUUGGUGGUAUCAUUAGUCAAUCUAGAAAUCGUUCAAACAACAAUGAAUAUCCUCCUAUUUAUCUUUACAACGACAAUCAUUAUCAAUAUAAAAAUGAAGAUUUAUCUUUUUGUGUUUACAGUGUUAUUGUUGCACUGUUCUCUGUUUGGGGUAUCCUUUGCCGUAUGAAAUACCAACAACUCUUCAUGUAUUUGGUUAUUCUUCCCAAUACUCUGCUAUCAAUAUAUCAAGUGGAGAAGUCAUUGUUAAUCAACGCAUACCUUUUUCUGGCUCCUGGGUUUAAUGGUGUUAUGCAACCUUCAGCAGCUGGUGGUAAUGAGUUUAUUAUCCUCGGAGGUAAUUAUACUAAUCUUGAUGGAAGUUCAUAUCUCCCAAUCAUUUGGACAUAUAAUAAUAACUCUCUUGUUCAAAAGUCAUUCAUAAAUAAGGAGGUCUCAGUUUCCAAUUUCUGGAAUACUAUGAUGGCAACAUAUGAUUCAAUUGACAAUAUAGUUUAUGUGACAUCAAUGUUGGCAAAUUAUGAUUCUAUAUUGCUAGCAUAUGAUUUAUGUCAACAUAAAGUAAAAAAAACAUUAGAGCAUUGGUUCUAUCCUAAUUUAAACGUUAAUUAA